CUCAGCUAAUGCCAGGGAUGUUUCCUCUUUCCUCAGCUGCUGUGUGAGAGGCUGCAGCCAUGUCUGAUUUUGUGGAGAGUGAAGCAGAGGAGUCAGAGGAGGAGUACAACCAGGAUGGGGAGGUUGUACCCAGAGUAACCAAGAAGUUUGUAGAGGAAGAUGAGGAUGAUGAGGAAGAGGAGGAGCUGAACCUCGAUGAUCAGGAUGAGCAGGGAAACCUGAAAGGAUUCAUUAAUGAUGAUGAUGAUGAGGAAGAGGAGGAGGAAGCCAGUGACUCUGGAGACUCCGAGGAUGAUGUUGGCCACAAAAAGAGAAAGCGCACUUUCGAUGACCGCCUGGAGGAUGAUGACUUUGACCUCAUUGAAGAAAACUUGGGCGUUAAAGUCAAAAGACAAAAAUUCAGGCGUGUGCGAAAAAUGUCUGAUGAUGAGGAUGAUGAAGCAGAAGAUUAUGGAAAGGAAGAACAUGAGAAGGAAGCCAUUGCUGAAGAAAUCUUUCAGGAUGGUGAAGGCGAGGAAGGAGGGGAAGCUGUGGAAGCUCCUGUUGCUCCACAGGAAGAGGAAGAGGAGGAGGAGGAAGAUGAAUCUGAUAUUGAUGACUUCAUUGUGGAUGAUGAUGGACAACCUCUGAAGAAGCCAAAAUGGAGAAAGAAGCUUCCAGGAUACACAGAUGCUGCCUUGCAGGAAGCCCAGGAAAUCUUUGGUGUGGACUUUGACUAUGAUGAGUUUGAGAAGUACAAUGAGUACGACGAGGAGAUGGAGGAGGAGUACGAAUACGAGGACGAGGAAACCGAAGGGGAGACCCGCGUGCGGCCCAAGAAGACGACCAAGAAACGCGUCAGUCGCCGCAGCAUCUUCGAGAUGUACGAGCCCAGUGAGCUGGAGAGCAGCCACCUCACAGACCAGGACAACGAGAUCCGCAUGACAGACAUGCCUGAGAGGUUCCAGCUGAGAUCCAUCCCAGUGAAGAGUGCUGAAGAUGAUGAGCUGGAGGAGGAAGCUGACUGGAUUUAUAGGAAUGCAUUUGCAACGCCCACCAUCUCCCUGCAGGAAAGUUCCGAUUACCUUGACCGUGGACAGGCCAGCAGCUUCAGCCGCAAGGGGCCCAGCACAAUCCAGAAGAUUAAAGAAGCCCUGAAUUUCAUGAGAAAUCAGCAUUUUGAGGUCCCGUUCAUCGCCUUCUACAGAAAAGAGUACGUGGAGCCAGAGCUGCACAUCAAUGACCUGUGGAGGGUCUGGCAGUGGGAUGAGAAGUGGACCCAGCUGAAGAUCCGCAAGCAGAACCUGACACGGCUGUUUGAGAAGAUGCAGGCCUACCAGUACGAGCAAAUCUCUGCUGACCCAGACAAGCCCUUGGCUGAUGGAAUAAGGGCCCUGGAUACUACUGACAUGGAGAGGCUGAAGGAUGUGCAGUCCAUGGACGAGCUGAAGGAUGUGUACAAUCACUUCCUGCUGUACUAUGGGAGAGACAUCCCCAAGAUGCAGAAUGCUGCCAAGGCUGCUCGCAAAAAGCAAAAGCGUAUCCGGGAGGAUGGUGAAGAAGAGGAAGGUGAAGGGGAGGAUGCAGAGGAUGAUGAGCAGAAGGGGCCUGAGCUGAAGCAGGCUUCCCGAAGGGAUAUGUACACCAUCUGCCAGGCAGCUGGGCUGGAUGGCUUGGCUAAAAAAUUUGGUCUGACACCUGAACAGUUUGGAGAGAAUCUCCGAGACAGUUACCAGCGUCACGAAACAGAGCAGUUCCCUGCAGAGCCCCUGGAGCUGGCCAAGGAUUAUGUGUGCAGUCAAUUCCCAAGCCCGGAAGCAGUGCUGGAAGGAGCUCGGUACAUGGUGGCUUUGCAGAUUGCCAGGGAGCCCUUGGUCAGACAGGUCCUGAGACAGACUUUCCAAGAACGAGCUAAAAUCAACAUUUCACCAACAAAAAAGGGGAAGAAGGAUAUUGAUGAAGCCCACUAUGCCUAUUCCUUUAAAUACAUGAAGAACAAGCCUGUGAAGGAGCUGAGAGAUGACCAGUUCCUGAAAAUGAGCCUGGCAGAGGAUGAGGCACUGCUGGUCAUAGAUAUCAGCAUUGACAUGAAAGGAGUGGAGGGUUAUGGCAGUGACCAGACGUACUUUGAGGAAAUCAAGCAGUUCUAUUACCGGGAUGAGUUCAGUCACCAGGUGCAGGAGUGGAAUCGGCAGCGCACCAUGGCCAUCGAGCGUUCCCUCAACCAGUUCCUCUACGUGCAGAUGGCCAAAGAAUUAAAGAACAAGCUCUUAGUGGAGGCCAAGGAAUAUGUCCUCAAGGCUUGCAGCCGUAAACUGUACAACUGGCUAAAGGUUGCUGCAUACAGGCCAGAUCAGCAGGUGGAGGAAGACGAUGAUUUCAUGGAUGAAAACCAAGGGAAGGGGAUCCGGGUGCUGGGCAUUGCGUUUUCAUCAGCCAGGGACCACCCCGUGUUUUGUGCCCUUGUUAAUGGAGAGGGUGAGGUGACAGAUUUCCUCCGAUUGCCACAUUUCACAAAGAGAAGGAAUGCCUGGCGUGAGGAGGAGAGGGAAAAGAAGGCCCAGGAUAUUGAAACAUUGAAAAAAUUCCUCCUGAACAAGAAGCCUCACGUGGUGACAAUCGCAGGCGAGAACAGGGAUGCUCAGAUGCUGAUGGAGGAUGUAAAGAGAAUUGUUCAUGAGCUGGACCAAGGGCAGCAGCUGUCCUCGAUUGGAGUGGAGCUGGUGGACAAUGAACUGGCCAUCCUCUACAUGAACAGCAAGAAGUCUGAGAAUGAAUUCCGGGAUUACCCCCCUCUGCUGCGUCAGGCUGUGUCCCUUGCUCGCCGCAUCCAGGACCCCCUCAUAGAGUUUGCCCAGGUCUGCAGCUCUGAUGAGGAUAUUCUCUGCCUGAAACUCCACCCUCUGCAGGAGCACGUGGUGAAGGAGGAGCUGCUGAAUGCGCUGUACUGCGAAUUCAUCAACCGUGUGAACGAGGUGGGGGUGGAUGUGAACAGGGCCAUUGCUCACCCCCACAGCCAGGCUUUGUUGCAGUAUGUGUGUGGCCUGGGACCACGCAAAGGCACGCACCUGCUGAAGAUCUUAAAACAAAACAACACCCGUCUGGAGAACAGGACCCAGCUGGUUACGAUGUGUCACAUGGGACCCAAAGUGUUUAUCAACUGUGCUGGCUUCAUCAAAAUUGACACAGCAUCACUGGGUGAUAGCACUGAUUCCUACAUUGAAGUUCUAGAUGGCUCUAGGGUCCAUCCUGAAACCUAUGAAUGGGCAAGGAAAAUGGCAGUGGAUGCCCUGGAAUACGAUGAGUCAGCUGAGGAUGCAAAUCCUGCAGGAGCUCUGGAGGAGAUCCUGGAAAACCCCGAGCGCCUGAAAGACCUGGAUCUUGAUGCCUUUGCUGAAGAACUGGAAAGACAGGGCUAUGGUGACAAGCACAUCACUUUGUAUGACAUUCGUGCUGAGCUAAGCUGCAGAUACAAGGACCUGAGAACUCCCUACCGUUCUCCCAACACAGAGGAGGUCUUCAAUAUGCUGACCAAAGAAACUCCAGAGACAUUUUACAUAGGUAAAAUGAUCAUCUGCAAUGUGACUGGCAUUGCCCACAGGCGCCCACAGGGAGAGAGCUACGACCAGGCGAUACGGAAUGAUGAAACUGGCCUUUGGCAGUGCCCUUUCUGCCAGCAGGACAACUUCCCAGAGCUCAGUGAGGUUUGGAACCAUUUUGACAGCGGUUCCUGCCCAGGUCAGGCCAUUGGAGUGAAGACACGUCUGGAUAAUGGUGUUGCUGGCUUCAUCCCAACAAAAUUUCUUAGUGACAAGGUGGUCAAGAGGCCAGAAGAAAGGGUGAAGGUGGGAAUGACCGUCCACUGCCGCAUCAUGAAGAUUGACAUUGAGAAAUUCAGCGCAGACCUGACCUGCAGGACCUCAGACCUGAUGGACAAGAACAAUGAGUGGAAACUGCCCAAAGACACCUACUACGACUUUGACUCUGAGGCAGCAGAUCACAAACAGGAAGAGGACAUGAAGAGAAAGCAGCAGAGGACAACCUACAUCAAGAGGGUAAUUGCUCACCCAUCAUUCCACAACAUCAGCUUCAAGCAAGCAGAGAAGAUGAUGGAGACCAUGGACCAAGGGGAUGUGAUUAUUCGGCCAAGCAGCAAAGGGGAGAACCAUCUGACUGUCACCUGGAAGGUCAAUGAUGGCAUUUACCAGCACGUGGAUGUCCGAGAGGAGGGCAAGGAGAAUGCCUUCAGCCUGGGCUCCAUGCUCUGGAUUAACACAGAGGAGUUUGAAGACCUGGAUGAAAUUGUUGCUCGUUAUGUCCAGCCAAUGGCUUCUUUUGCCAGAGACCUGUUGAACCACAAGUACUAUCAGGACUGCAAUGGUGGAGACAAGAAGAAGCUGGAAGAGCUGCUGAUUAAGACCAAGAAAGAGAAGCCAACAUUUAUUCCAUACUUUAUUAGUGCCUGUAAAGAUCUACUCACACCUUCUCUUUUGUCUCCUGCUCUCCCUGCUCCUCCCAGGAUAGAGUAUGUGACAGUGACCCCAGAGGGAUUCCGCUACCGGGGCCAAGUUUUCCCUACUGUGAAUGGACUUUUCCGAUGGUUUAAGGAUCAUUAUCAGGACCCUGUUCCAGGUAUUACCCCCAGCAGUAGCAGUCGGACCAGGACUCCAGCCUCCAUCAAUGCUACUCCAGCUAACAUCAACCUGGCAGACCUGACACGUGCAGUGAACGCUCUGCCACAGAACAUGACCUCCCAGAUGUUCAGUGCCAUCGCUGCUGUGACAGGCCAGGGACAGAACCCAAAUGCCACCCCAGCACAGUGGGGCUCCAGCCAGUAUGGCUACGGGGGCAGCGGAGGCGGCAGCAGCGCGUACCACGUCUUCACAACUCCAGCACAGCAGCCGGUGGCCACCCCUCUGAUGACCCCCAGCUACUCGUACACUACUCCCAGCCAGCCCAUCACCACACCCCAGUACCAGCUCCAGGCCAACACCACACCCCAGUCCACCCAGUCUCAGGCACAGUCGCAGCCAUCAUCCAGCUCCAGGCAGAGGCAGCAGCCAAAGACCAACAGCCACGCUGCCAUCGACUGGGGCAAGAUGGCCGAGCAGUGGCUGCAGGAGAAGGAGGCUGAGCGGAGGAAACAGAAGCAGAGGUUGACCCCUCGACCCUCUCCCAGCCCCAUGAUCGAGAGCACGCCCAUGUCCAUCGCUGGGGAUGCCACGCCUCUCCUGGAUGAGAUGGAUCGAUAGGACCUGACACCUCCGCUCUCUUCUCCACCGAAGGGGGAAGGAGAGGGAACAAUAGGAAGCGACUUCCCUUAGACACAUAACUCCUGUUUUAUACGUCGUGGGAUGGUGGGAAAUGACUCUUGGUGAUGUGCACUUGAGCAAGAGAAUAGACUUGGCAGGGCUGGUUUAAAAAUGUAUACUAUAUAUAAGAAAAAUAUAUCAUAGAAAGGACCUCUGCAUCGGCCUCUGCAUUCCAGGCUCCAGUUUUGAGGCACCUUGGAAACUUAGCAAAGCAAACGUGAGGUCGAAGGAGUCUGUCCUUGUACAUGCACAGCACUCUGCUUUCACCCAAGACUCUGCUUUUUUCCCAAAGACUGGGAAGCGAACGGAGCUGAAAGUGCAUUGCCCUGGAGUGAGCCUGUUUCCUUUGGAUUCUCCCAAACCCUGACUGUCACCUCCCUUCAAGAGGAAGACCACAAAGCAAAGUUGUGGGGGUUGUAACAAACAAACCAGAGUUCUCACAAAGUUCCUGUUGUUUGCUCCAUGUUUUCACGUGGGACAGGCUCAGCAGAGUCUGUGCCAACCCCAGCUGUGUCUGGAGGGGUCCAGCACAGCAGCUCGGGGUCUUGCUGGAGAUGCAGCUGUUGUACCAAAGGCUUGCUCUCUCCUCUGGCUUCUUUUGGAACAAUAUUUAUUUAGUUUUGAUUAUUAUUUUUUUUUUAAUCAGACUGCAAAAUAAAGCGCCAGCCUACGGCAGCUUCCCUGAGACAGACACGUGGGAUAACGCACCACGGAGCAGCCCGGAGUGUGUGGCCUCCUCCUCUGUACCUGUUUCCCCUGCCCAGCUGUAACCAAGAGGGGUGAAUAAAUAGUGUUUUUACUGAAUGCUAGCUCAGAGAUUUUUUGCCUGCACCCUGCCCUUCCCUUAGGAUUUGCUCCGAGCAGAGUUGCAUGGUGGAAGUCAGCGCUCCUGCCUUUGUUGCUUGGUGUUGCCCUCGGUGUGUUGGGACUUUCUCAGAGAAGCUGAUUUCUGUUGUUAAAAAAAUAGCGUUUUGUUACAGAUGCUCCACAUGGAGACAUCACACCGACAUCGGGGGCACCUGCCUGUGGCUGUUGGAUAGGGAGGGGCGCUGGGGAACUGGGAGGAGGCGAAUAAAGUGGAUAAUUUGUGUCAGAAA